AUGUCGGAGGGCCCUGAAAUCGUUGCUGUACCCGGCAUCGCGGCGCUUUCAUCAAUAGCAGCGAGACAGAUUGGUGCCGGGCAGGUCCUUGUUGACCCCAGUUCUGUCGUCAAAGAGCUCAUUGAUAAUGCUCUGGAUGCGCGGGCAAAGAGCAUCUUUGUGGACAUUACUGCCAACACAAUCGACUCUAUCCAAGUCAAGGAUGACGGCCAUGGCAUACCAGCUCAAGACCGCCCUCUUGCAUGCCGGCGCUCCUGUACCAGCAAGAUUAGAGACUUUCGCGAUCUGAAAGGCGUCGGAGGUAAAUGGCUUGGCUUUCGUGGCGAGGCACUCUCAAGCAUGGCUGAGAUGAGCAGCUCGCUGUGCAUCACCACUCGGGUAGAGGGUGAGCCGGUCGCUGUGAAGCUCAAAUACGGUCGUGACGUCAAAGUUACCAAGUUCCUUGACUUCAUACCUGUUCGAAAGCAAACAGCGAGCAAGAAUUCAGCGAACUUGCUAGCGAAGAUUCGGCGACUCAUGCAGGCCUAUGCGCUUGCCAGACCAACCACACGAUUCAGACUCCGCGUGUUGAAAGCGAAGAACAACAACGGUGACUUCGUUUAUGCCCCGAAGGCCGAUGGGAAUGUUGAAGACGCAACUCUGAAAGUGAUUGGCAAGAAUUGCGCUCUACAGUGCGACUGGACUGUUCUGGAAGCAGAUGGCUUCGAAGUUCACGCUUUCUUACCCAAGCCAGGUGCGACUGGACCAAAGAUAGCUCAUCAAGGAACCUUCAUCUCGAUCGACGCAAGACCUGUAUCGAGCAGUCGCGGUACCAUGAAGCAGAUCGUUGCAGCUUACAAAGACCGACUCCGCAAGUCAAACCCUUCACUCGCCGGUAUCAAAGAUCCAUUCUUCUGCUUGAAUAUCAUUUGUCCGCCUGACAGCUAUGAUCCCAACAUCGAGCCCGCUAAAGACGAUGUCAUGUUCGAUAAUAGCAAUGUGGUUAUUGGCGUUGUGGACAAAUUGCUCAAAGCCUAUUAUCCCGAGGCAUCUCAAGAGGCUCGGGAUGCUGAACCUCCAACAUCUGCACAACAACAGUAUGAAAAUCAGCCCAGGCAACGAACAACAAGUUCCACCGAAAGCCCGAUCAUAGCUCAUGAACACACGUCUACUAGCGCGAUCGAGGAACCUCCGGCCACUACGACGCAAGCGCAGCCACGUUGGAGGUCAAGCAUGUAUGGGAUCGACGAAGAUGAUCUACAGUUUCUGCAAGAAGACCAUACACCGGUAAUUGAAGAAGAGGAAGGAAUUCGUGCGGCUGAGAUUUCUAAUCCGUGGACUAUCGCUCGAAUGAAUGCCAGAGUUAAGCCCAAGCAGUCCUCCAGCCAUGAACAACUGUUAAGUCCAGCUAAAAGCCAAGAAUAUGCCAACUCAUAUUCUGGUUCUUCCAGUCCUAUUGUCACUCCCAAUCGGCCUCGCUCGACGUUGCCUUUGACCCCUCAAACAUUGUCAAAGACGAAUGUAGUGAGAUCUCCACUGGACGCAGAACUAGAGCCUAGUAUCCAGCACGUAUCGCAGGCGAGUUCAGAAAUCAAUACCUUGGACAACAUCACACAAGAGAGAGUGACAGGUAAAGAGCGUCGUUACGAGUUCAAUAUCUCUCCUUUCCACACUGGCAUGUCGAAUCACUUCACGCAACGUGAGAUUCAUCCAAAAGACUUAGAGGUACGAAGCUUCAGUCAGUCAGUUACUAGUCCGCAAAAUAUGACUCCUCCGGGAUCUUCAGCUCCUCGCAGGCGUCGUGCUCAACAGACCUAUGCAAACAAGCCAUUUGCACCACUAAUUCGGGGAUCGCAUGAUACCGUGCUGAGAAAGUCUUUACCUGGCACACAAGCUUUCCAACAAGCUCGUAAUCAGCAUGGGACAUUUAACCAAGGGCUACGACCUUCUGCCACCACUUCGUCGGCAUCACGCAAAUCUAUCCCAAAUUCAGUUGAGAGUACGAUCCAAAAUCAACUUAAUUCGAUCAACAAUAGCGAUAUCCGUGACUUCUUCGGCUGUAAUGCACAGCGAAAACCGCCAAUGAGCCCAGGACACGUUCCAGAAGCUGUGCUUUCCCGAGCUUCCUCAGCGGAACCACAGCCCUGUUCAAAACACGUUAGAGAUGGUCUAAUGUUUGAUGAUGACCGUGGAACGGAUAUCAAUCUAAGCAGGUCGAUUGACAAGUACCGACCAUUAUCUGUAGGAAGUCAGAUGCCUAUGGUAUUUGACCAGCGAUCGGUCGGUGAUAGAGAUGCUCAAGGUGUGUUUAACGAAAAAGGGAGUAAGCUGGAGCCGUGCAGCGCAACCCGCCAGUUCCAGAUUCACGAUUACGCCUUCCCUUACUCGCCUACUCCUAGGUCUUUUGAUACCCGAAGUGACCAUCCCCUCAUUCCUCUGGAGUUCAGCCGGGUAGCAGCCACUGAGGACGCACAUCGUCACGACAAUAAUGCCAAGGACAUGGAGGCAUACUUUAGGUCACAAGAAAAGCAGCACGUCAACUCUCUAUUACACGCCAAAAAUCCUUCUCAAAGACAGGAACCUCACACAGUCCCACCCUACGAAGCCCCGAGCAAGACACUUCGUCCCAGACGUCGCACAAUCGACGCCCUCGAGCGAACAAAGUCCUCUAGACUACCGCUUGAGCGCAUACCUAAAGGUUUCAACAUCCAAGAUCUAAUCUUGCCCCUUCCCAUGAAUAUCCGCACUGUCCUACAACACUGUCAUAAACUGGACAUGCGACGCAACAGCCUAGAGUGGGGGUACCCAGCCGAAGGUGUAUACGACAACUUUGCUGAGCCAGUGUUGAAGCAGAAAAUCUUGGAGUGGGUAACCAAGCUUGAUGCACUGUUGUGUAAGCGGUAUGAGAGGAUUGGUGGCGCAGAUACGAGGCGUGAGAUACAGGAAGGUAUUCAGCGGGUGCUUGAUACGAGGAAAGAGUUAGGUGAUGCCAUACCUAGGGUUGUGAGUGUGGGUCAGGAUACAGUGGAUGAUGCGGUUAGGGUAUCAGAUGAGCAUGUCUUCCCAGGCGAUGGCAAGGUUACUAGUUCCAUCGUUCGGCAGCAGGCUGUGGAACCUGAGAGGAAGGCAGAUGAUGAGUUCGAUUUCGACAUGGAACAAUAUAUUGAUCUGACAGCGGAUAACGAGAGGCAGAUCACAGGGACAGCUAGCGAGGGGAGCAUAGAGGUGGCAAAGAGUGAAUACGACGAAGAUGUCGAGGAUGAGAUGUUGAUGGAUCUAUGA